AUGGGCCAAAGCAUCAUCGACCGUAUCCAGGCCAAGCUGGAGCUCUUCCGCCUUGAGCAGCGCUACACGCGCCGCCGUCAUCGCCGCUCCACCUUCGUCUCCAACGCCAUCUACGUCGACGGCGAGUACAUCUACCAGACGCCCAACAGCACCGGCUCCUCGACCGACUCGAGCGCUACCCGCGUUGACGCCCUGCACGGCGAGAGGGCCAUUGCCGUCUCCGCCGCCAAGCACACGGCCCAGAUGGCUGCCACCACCACGACUGUCACCACCGAGAUCCCUACCGCCGAGCGCAAGCGACUAAACCGGUUCAGCUCCAUUCCCAGCUUCGGCGGCGCCUUUGGCGGCGGCAACAAGGACAGGCCAAAGGUUGUGGAGCGUCGCACCAGCAUGAUCAGAUAG